CCAAGGGGGAAAUAGUUUUAGGGCUCAUCAGCUAUGGAGUCCCUUCUCGCGUGCUACGCAUCCGACGAGGAAGGAGAGGAGGAAAUUCGCGCGCCAGUGACAAGUAAGUCCUCGAUUCCUCCAUUGCCAGAGCCGCGGAUCAGCAAUGGCGACCAAGGGAGAGGCGGCAAGAGCAUGUUUAGCUUCCUUCCGGCGCCGAAGAGGAACAAGGGGCUGGAUUAUCACCCGCCGAUCGACACCUCGGCCCUGGAUGAGGAAGAAGAUGCCGGCAAUGCGAAGAAGAAGCCGCGAUUGGACGAGAAGGAGAUGACCGUGGUGGGGGGAUUGGUAUUGCCGGCUCCCAGGAACAGUUUGGGGAUUGGGGGCGCUUUGGGUGGAGGCCGUGGCCAAGCUCUGGAUUUUUCUAGCCACGGUUCUUCGUCACUGCCAGAGAGGAAUCUAGAUCAGGAAGAGAUGGUUCCUUCUAGCAGCGAAAAUGUGGAGGAGUCGGGAUCUCAAGAGGGUCUUUACUACGAAGAUCCUUUUCCAGGAUAUCAGACACAGGGAUACGAUGGUCUUUCGCAGGAAGAAAGCUAUCAAGGCCAGGAGAAUGGCUAUGAGGGCCUGGAAAGUGGUGCUUUCUACGAGGAUCAAGGACAGGAUCAUCCAUACCAGUACUACGAGGGAGAUGCUGUCUAUGAUCAAGCUCAAGCCCAAGCUCCUGUGGAGGAGGAUCCGGUUGCGAAGGCUAUGAGGCAGGAGAAUCGGAAAGGAAGAGUGGAGCCGGUUAAGUUCGUCCAGAUCAAGCAGGACGAUCUCACCGCCAACAGGCCGCGAGAGGAUCAGCUCCGGAUGACUGGCAUCGCGUUUGGCUCGACGUUUAGCUCCGUGCUUGACAAGAAGGAUGACGAGGAGAACAAGCCUUCCAAGCUCCACAAGAAGAAGCACCAGAUCGGAUCGCUGUACUACGACAUGAAGCAAAAGGAGUUUGAGCUCAUGGAACGCCGCGCCAGAGGGUUCUUGAGCAAGGCUCAAACUCACGCAAAGUAUGGCUGGUAAGAAAACGGGGAAAACAAAACUAGGAAGAAAAAAAGAAGAAAAGAUGGAAGAAAAGAAUGUUUAAAAGGCUUUUAAAGACGAAAGGUUUUUAGGGUU